AUGUCGUCCGCCAAUCUCGUGGAGUCCGCUAAAAAGGCCGCGGCCUAUCGCGCCGUCGACGAGCACCUUGACCCUUCGUUUCGUUUCGUCGGCAUUGGCUCCGGCAGCACCGUCGUCUAUGUUGUAGACGCAAUUGCCGCCAAGGGCCCCGCCUUCUACGCCAACAUGGUCUUCCUCCCGACGGGAAGCCAGUCCAAGGCCCUCAUCAGGAAUGCUGGCCUCACGCUCUGUAGUCUGCCUGAUCGACCGUCAGGCCCCGAUGGCCUUCCCGUUGCUCUCGACGUGGCGUUUGACGGCGCCGACGAGGUGGAUGCCGAGCUCAAUCUUAUCAAGGGUGGUGGUGGCUGUCUGUUGCAGGAGAAGGGAGUCGCCGUGAGGGCGAAGAAGUUCGUCGUUGUUGCGGACUACCGCAAAAUCUCGGAUCGUUUGUGCACAAAAUGGACUUCCGGCAUCCCUAUUGAGGUAGAUCCAUUCUUCGCCUUGGAUGUGUUAGUCGAUCUCAAAGAACUGGGAUCAAUUGAGCCCAAAAUCCGCUUGGGACUCCCGGCGAAGGCUGGCGAAUGUGUCACGGAUAACGGCAACUGGAUCAUUGACGCCCCGUUCAAGCCCCUCAAACUGAAGAGCGAUCCCGCCGGCGAUGGCUGGGAAGUGUCGCAGCUCGGGGCUGCCAUUAAACAACUGCCGGGCGUCGUGGAAACCGGACUGUUCUGGGGUAUCAACGGAAUCGAGGCUGCGAAUCUCACCGGCCGGAGAGCGGCUCCCCAGAAGCCCGUCGCCGCAUAUUUCGGAAUGGAAAACGGCGAGGUAGAAGUCAAGACUGCGCAAUAG